AUGACCAGCUCCAUCGCUCUCACACCUCUCGCCGGGGGAGGCGCUAAAAUAUUUCUCGCAUCUCAGCUUUGCUCCACGCCUCUCAUGCCGCCCAAAGACCUCUCUCUCGCAGGACAUACAGCUAUCAUCUCCGGAGCCAACGGCGGCUUGGGCUUGACUUGUGCCGAAAUGCUGCUAGACCACCAUGUGUCCCGACUCAUCAUCGCCGUCCGUUCGAUAGGGAAGGGGGAGGCUGCGGCAGAGACGCUCAAGAAGAAACAUCCCGCCGCUAACAUCGAGGUCUGGGCCUUGGACAUGAUGUCGUACAAAUCCAUUCAGGCGUUUGCGGAUCGCUGCUCCACCCUCUCUCGGAUCGACAUCGUCAUCUUGAACGCCGGCAUGGUGACAGGGACCUUCAGUCUCUCACCCCAUGGCCACGAGGAGAUGGUCCAGGUCAACUACUUGUCGACCACACUUCUCACCGUCCUCCUUCUGCCCAUCCUCAAGUCGAAGAAAACCGCUGGGAAGGCGAGCAGGUUGACCGUCGUCAGCUCGGGCUCCACGUUCGGCGCCAAGUUUCUAGAGCACGACAAGGUACCAUUGAUUGCGGGAAUGGACGACAACACCACCUUUGAUCCAAUGGAUCGAUACCAGACGUCUAAGCUCUUGGGCCAGCUCACCAUCACCAAGCUUGCAUCCUACGUCCCUAAGGAGGAUGUGAUCCUGAAUAUCGUGGACCCGGGCCUGACCAAAGGCUCGGGGCUCCAUCAGCAUCUUAGUCGUGCUCAGCAGGCUUUCAUGGGGACAGUCAAAGCCUUGACUGCGAGAAGCCUGAAGGAAGGCGCAUCGACAUACAUCGAUGCCGCGGUGCUCAAGGGAGACGAGACCCACGGCAGCUACCUGAUGGACUGGAAAAUUCACCCUUUCCCCGCGUUUGUAUACACGCCAGAGGGAAGGGCUUGCGCAGCCCGACUAUGGGACGAGACUCUGCAGGAGCUGGACUUUGCCGGCGCACGCUCGAUCCUUCAAUCCAUGCAGUCGGGCCGGCGAUAA